AUGGGAGGGGACUCCGAGAGGACACUCAAGUGCUUCACAUGCCAGAAGUACUUUGCACACAAGAGGAACUUGGAUCGUCACAUUGACGUCGAGCACAAGGACGAACAACGCUUUGUAUGUCAACAUUGCAGCAGAGCAUACAACAGGAAAGAUAACUUAACGGCACAUUGCAGAGACAGACAUCCUGAGAAAUCCCAAAACCGGGAGCGAAGCCAGUCGCGGGGAAGGUAUCUUGAAAGGCAGAGCAAUUCUGAUCAUCGCCGUCGCAGUAGGAGCCCGUCGAGGUCGCCUUUGCCGAACCGGAGAGAGGAGAAGAAGGGAAAGGACAGGAAGAAACAAGUUGUUCAGGCAAAGCUUGAACGCGAUGAGUUGCCCCAAGACCCGCUCCAGGUUGUCGUCUCUCCUCGCACCAGGGAAGAAGUAGAGGGGGAGGAAAGGCAGUCGCUCAAAAAGACUGUCUGGUAA